AUGGCGACUCCGACGCCCAUGAAGCACGCGCCCUCGCAGCAGGGUCGCACCCCCUCGCAGCUCGUCGCCGCCGCCACGCCUCCCGUCUCCACGCCCUUCUCCAACCCUGCCCACGCUGCCUUCUCCCCCCGCGGCCCCAAGUCGUCGCCCCAGCAGGUCAAGAAGUCGCCUGCCACCUCGGUUAUGCUGGGCCAGACCUCCAUGGGCGCCUUCAACUUCGACAGCCCCUCCACCGCCGCAGCCAUGGGCGCCUUGGGCAUCGGCGGCGGCUUUGACAUGGGUCUCGACAACGUCGCUGUCGGAGGUCUCGAUAGUCUUGGCGCCGCCCUGGGUGGCGAGGACGACAAGCUGAAGCGCUUGGAUACCAUUUUGAAGCUCUUGAGUGAGAAAACAGGACUCGUUAGCGAAGCCGGCUUGGAGCGCCUCGCCCAGCGCAUCGGCCUCGAGCUGUUAUCCGAGGAACAGACGACGCCGGGCGGACGAAAGACGAGGACUCUGGCCAUCGCUGGCUCGGCCAUUGCUCUCGACAUAGUCUUGGACAAUAACAUCGUCCAGAGCACCUCGUUGACCUAUCACGGCAAUGCUUCGUCCGUCUCUCGGCAUAUGGACGCGGCCAGCCGGAUACUUCUCCAAGACCUACAGCUCCUCCCCCAUCAAAGCCCCCUGACCAAGUCCCUGGCCAACUUCGCCUCCAACUUUGAGCGGUUGGCAGUGCUAGACAAACUUAGCAUUUCCCCGGGGCUCGACUGCCACGAGGCCCUGGCCGGCAUUUACGCCAGCCUCGAGAGGCUACAUGAGUGGGACCUAUCCAAGCUGCGACAAGACCCGGCCAUGGCGACAAAGCCAGACGACUACUUGAACGCCGUGGCCAUGUGUGCCCAACACGGCGUUCCAGUCAUGCACGCCCGAGGAAAGGUCGGACUGGCUUUGCAGUACUGGAAGGAGCUGCGCUUCGUACCGCCGCCGUCCGACACACUGGCUGGUUUUGCUGAAAAGCACGAAAAAGUCUGGUCUAUGCUUGUCGGUUGCGCUCCCAUAGAGAACCUCGGCCUGCCCCCAGUCAGGGUUUCGGAAAACUGGAUCUCCAAAAACAUUGUCAAAGACGACGCCUCCAUCGGGCCCGGCCGCAUCGCCUUGGACUGGCAGGAACCAGAAAACGUCUCCCUACCGCAAUCAGACGACAACAAGGAUGCCGGCAUGGACCUGCUUCAGCCAGAUCUAUCCACGACGAGGGUUCCCAGGGUCAUGUUCACCGUGGCCUUCGACCCGCCCGUUGCCCUCCCCCAAAACGACUGGUCGCGCCUCUACAUGUACGCCAAUGUCAACCCGCCCAACAUUGAGCUAAGCCACAGAGGCUCGCCGCCAACCUACGACAGUCUGCUGUUCCCGAUUCCGUCCGGCGUCAGGGUCGAUCCAAGUGAGCCGAGAGCCAUCUCGCGUGAACGUCGGGUGCGCGUGUAUACCGAGGACCAAAAGCCAGUCAUUAGCCAGCACCACAAUACGCUCUUCAUCUACAAGCCCAUUUACUCGCAAGUGGUGUCGGAGAUGGCAUUUUCUCAUCCCCGGCAGCUCGUCGACAUGCUGCCACUUUUGCGGCAGUACGCUUUCUUAUCGACAUUGCUUGAAAACAGCUUCGGUUCUAAAACCUCGGACAGUCUAUCGACAACACAAACGGAAGAUCCGAGUCAGGGCACGAAACUGCACACCCCCAAGUCGCAGACCACGACAACCAAGGAUCAGCUCGCGGGGUUUAUGGGAAAAGCGGAGUCAGGCAAGCGAGCUGACAUGACAUCAGAACAGAAGACGAGUAUGGAUGUGAUACUUUGGGUUCAUCCACUACCGCAUCUGCAAAUAGUGUUUCCAAUGGGCAACGCAACGGCCAACAUCACCCUCAAAGUACUGGAGGGCGGCACUGUGGAGGUGGUGGAUGACAACAUACUUGCCCAGGAUGAGGAUGGGACCAACAAAGGCAAGAAGAGAGCAAUUACCAAGGAGAACCUGGGCCGGGCGUUGGAGCACAUGGAGGACCUCUGCAAGUGGGUAGAGUGGAUACGGACACGAUUGUCGGAAUGA